AUGAGCAGCAAGCUCUCCCCUCCUCCAGGCAACAAAACCGUCCUGGUUUUUGGUUGCCAAUGUCUCACCUUCUCAGCGGAGGAUUUCCUCGCUCUCCGCGAGACAAUCCUUUUCUCACCAGAGUACUCCUGGGCACUUGACGUCCUCGCUGAGCUCCCUGUCUACUAUCGCACCGCAACGCAACACCUCCCCAAGCUUGACACAAUCCAUGGAGAUCGCCAACUUCGAUCCUUACACGAAUGGUUCCGAACAGGAGAUAUCGCGGGCGAAACAUUUCCUCCUCCCUAUAUCCAGCUAGCACCGCUGCUCAUGCUGACGCAUUUCACACAGUAUGAACAGUACCUGCGGUUGACGUCUCCUGGGUAUCGGGAUGAUGGUAGGAUACAUGUCGAGGAGAGCGAGAUUGGAGAGAUUGUGGGAUUUUGUAUUGGGUUCUUGAGUGCGGCAGUGGCCUCCGCGGCGGACUCCAGGGAGAAGCUGGCCGAGUAUGCGAGUGUCGCAGUCCGACUGUCCAUGCUGCUAGGGGCGAUUGGGGAUGCACAGGAGGUCGAGGAGGAGUGGACAUCGCUGGCCACGGUGUGGAAGAGGGAGAAUAUGGAGGGAGCUCUGAAUGAGGUGUUAAAUGGGUUUCCCGAAGCAUAUAUCACCGUCCGCUACGACGAUAAUCGCGCCACGAUCAUGACACCCCGGCGCACCAUGGCCCAGCUCCAAGAGUCACUUCAAUCGGCAAGCUUCGGGUGCGGCCAAGUUGACUUCAACGGUCGAUACCACUGGUACGGGCAUAAAGACACUGUGCACUCGCUCUUGGCCAUGUGUUCUAGAGAUCCGUCACUCCAACUGCCCGACGCAUCGCAGCUGGUGCUUCCCACCCGCACCAACACUGGCGGUCAGCCCGUUACCUCAGGACCCUUGACGAGGCUGGUCAUUGAAUCCAUUCUCUCGCAGCAAUGUGACUGGCUGCGCACAUUCUCGGCCGUCUACGAGUCUCAACUCAAGAUCAGUGAAUCAAUCAUCGUCGAAUUCGGUCAGGAGCGCUGCGUCCCGCCGACAUUCAUGCGCAAUCUCCGUGGACGCGUUAUCCACUUCGCAGAUCUAAAUCUAGACCUCACUUCGCGUCUCUCCCCUCUCAACCCCAACCCCAGAACCUAUGACACGGACAUCGCCGUGAUCGGCAUGGCCUGUCGUGUCGCAGGGGCCGACGACCUGCCUGAAUUCUGGAACCUGUUGUGUGCCGGAACGUCACAGCACGAGAUCAUGCCCGAGGCCCGAUACAAAGACUUUGAGACGCCCUGGCGUCCCGGGGCCCAACGACCGUGGUUCGGGAAUUUUGUGCGUAACAUCGACGCCUUCGAUCAUAAGUUCUUCAAGAAAGUGCCUCGGGAAGCAAUGUCUCAGGAUCCGCAGCAGCGAUUGAUCCUACAGGUCGCGUACCAAGCUCUCGAGCAAGCCGGAUACUUCCACGAUACCAACCAAGACAAGAAUAUCGGGUGCUAUGUGUCCUGCUGCACGGUCGACUACGAACACAACGUGAACUGUCACACUGCCACGGCGUACGCAGCGACGGGCCUCCUGCGCAGCUUCAUGGCCGGCAAGCUUAGCCAUUACUUUGGGUGGCGAGGACCCGCGUUCUGCGUCGAUAGCGCGUGCUCCGGCUCCGCGGUCGCUCUACAUCAGGCGUGCCAGGCUGUCUUGAAAGGCGAAUGUCGGGCAGCGCUAGUCGGCGGGGCCAACGCCAUCAUGAGUCCCUUAGCAUUUGACAACCUGGCAGGUGCCUCAUUCGUGAGCCCUACGGGUCCAUGUAAGCCGUUCGAUGCGAAGGCAGACGGCUACUGUCGUGGCGAGGGCUUCGCGGCUGUGUAUAUCAAGAAGAUGUCGGAUGCGUUGGCGGACGGGGAUCCCAUUCUCGGGACGAUCGCCGCUACGGCAGUCGAGCAGAAUAAUAACUGCACGCCGAUAGUGGUCCCGGAUGCGGCUUCUCUGGCAGGUUUGUUUGAGAAGGUCACGAAGUCAGCGAGGGUUCUUCCGCGCGAUAUCUCCGUCGUCGAGGCUCAUGGUACUGGAACCCAGGCGGGAGAUCCAGCUGAGUAUUCGAGUGUUAGACAGACGCUGGGAGGUCCCCAGAGAGAGGUGCCGCUGGCUCUCGGGUCAGUGAAGGGCCUAGUGGGACAUACGGAAGGUGUGUCGGGUUUGAUUGCGCUGGUUAAGGUCCUCAUGAUGAUUCAUGGAGGCAUGAUUCCACCGCAGCCGAAUUUUGAGACGCUGAACCCUUAUAUUCAGGCGAGAGAGGACGAUCAUAUUGAGAUCGUGAAAAAGCUGAAGCCAUGGAGUGUUGGAUUCAGAGCAGCCCUGAUCAAUAAUUACGGUGCGUCUGGGUCCAAUGCGUCCAUGGUUCUCACUCAAGCGCCGAGGGAGAGGUCGUCGUCCCCCAUUCAUGAAGAUGGGAUACCAUUCCCAGUGCGGCUUUGUGGCUACGACGAAGGCCGGUUGCGAGAUUAUGCCUCAAAGCUUCUUGGUUACUUGCGCGAUCAAAAGACAUCAGGGUCUCUCGCCUUGUCCCUGGCCAACGUAGCGUUCAACAUCUCGCGGCAGACGAAUCCAACCUUGGAUAAGCAUGCCUUGUUCAGUUGUCGAUCUAUCGAUGAGCUAGAGACAAAGCUUCAAGCGAUCGCCCAAGGUGACGAGACACACUUUAUUCGAGCCAAGAAGGACCAACGCUCAGUCAUUCUAUGUUUCGGUGGACAGGUAUCUACAUCCGUUGGAUUAGAUCAAGCGGUCCAUGACGCGAUGUCACUUCUCCGUCGACAUCUGGAUGAAUGUGACUCGCUCCUCCAGGAAUUAGGAUACGAUAGCAUUUACCCUGGCAUCUUCUCUCGCACUCCCAUCACAGACCAGGUUCAGUUGCAAACACAGCUCUUCGCGCUGCAAUACUCGUGCGCUAAAUGCUGGAUAGACUGUGGAGUGACUGUGACCGCAGUUGUUGGACAUAGCUUUGGGGAGCUGACGGCGCUCUGUAUCUCCGGGAUUUUGUCUCUGGCUGAUGCUCUGACGUUGGUAGCUCGCCGAGCAGCUCUUAUCCGAGAUAAUUGGGGCCCUGAUAGCGGUGCCAUGCUCGCUGUUGAGGGAGAGAAAGCAGAGAUUCUCGGUCUACUGGAUGAGUCGCAUAAGGCGGCCCCAGAUAUUACUCCAGCUACAAUAGCCUGUUUUAAUGGUCCUCGUAACUUCACUUUGGCCGGUACCACCGGCUCGAUUGAUUUGAUCCAACAAACUCUAGCCCAGCCGGCAUACUCUCAUAUCAGAGCCAAGCGAUUGGCAGUCACAAAUGCCUUCCACUCGAGCCUAGUGGACCCGCUGAUCCCGGCUCUUGAUAAAAUCACGGAGGGCUUGAAAAUGCGAGAUCCAUCUAUCCACCUUGAACGCGCAACGGAAAUUGCGUCGACUGGUGUUCCGCCCAUGACCGUCGUAUCUGAGCACCUUCGUCGACCGGUAUACUUCCACCACGCGGUGGAGCGUCUGGCAGACAAAUACCCAUCUAGCGUAUGGCAUGAGGCAGGGUCAAACUCUACUAUCACCAGCAUGGCAAGCAGGGCUCUCACCAACGCGGCAGGACAUCGUUUCCAGCCCGUCAAUAUCACCAGUACCACAGGAAUCCAAAACCUCACUGAUACCACGCUAGCCCUCUGGCGAGAAGGCAUCCACCUACGCUUCUGGGGAUAUCAUUCAAUCCAGACAAGAGAAUACACUCCAAUGCUGCUUCCUCCGUACCAGUUCGAGAAAUCUCGUCACUGGAUGGACAAUAAGAGACUCCCUGCCUCCACUACGAUGACCGCCCCCGAGUCUCCCACUGAGCAAAACAACCUAUUCACCUUCCUCGGUUACCAGGACAAAGCGCAACAAAUUGCCAAAUUUCACAUCAAUACAUCUCACCCGAGCUAUGUCGAACCCGUAUCCGGCCAUGUCGUCGCAUCCACAGCGCCUCUCGCGCCCGCUUCAUUCCUCCUCGACAUCGUUAUCGAAGCACUACACACUCUCCCCGAAGCAAAGGGCAAAAUACCACAAGUCCACGCUGUGACCAGCGACGCACCACUUUGUCUAGACCCAUCCCGCACUCUCUGGAUCGAGUUACACGCAACCGAUAAUCACAAACAAACAUGGGACAUCAAGUUCAUCAGCGGGAACCCAGCCAAAGGCGCCCGUUCCCAAAUGAUGCACUGCUCUGCCCGCAUCAUCAUCUUCAGUCAAGACUCGUCUGACCUCGCAGCUCAAUUCGCCCGAUACACCCGCCUCAUUAGUCACGCACACUGUCGUGAUCUCCUCGUCGAUCCUAACGUCGACGACAUCCUGCAAGGCCGGACCAUCUACCGCGCCUUCUCAGAGGUAGUCGACUACUCGGCUCCGUAUCGCGGCGUAACCAAGCUCGUCGGCAAAGGCAGCCAUUCCGCUGGCCAUGUCGUUAAGAAAUACACCGGCGAGACCUGGGCCGAUCCGUAUCUCUGUGACUCGUUUAGCCAGGUCGGUGGCUUCUGGGUGAAUUGUAUGACGGACCGUUCGUCGGACGAUAUCUAUAUCGCUAGCGGCAUGGAGAUGUGGAUGCGGUGUCCUGAGUAUGCGGACAAGAAAGCUUCGAGGCCAGAGAACUGGGAUGUUUUGGCGAUGCAUCGACGCGAAGAGGGUAUGUAUAUCAGUGACGUGUUCGUGUUUGAGCCCGAGAGUGGCAAGCUCGUGGAGAUUUUCUUAGGGCUUCAGUAUUCAAAGAUCGCGAAGGUUGCGUUCGCGAAGAUCCUUAGGAGUUUGGCGCCGGGCGCUUCGGCUGCGUCGUCUUCUGAGGGGUUAAAGGCAGAAGAUGAACGGUUAUUAAGCACUGGCAAAGGAGGUGGUAGUGAAAAUAUCGAGGCGGAGACCAAGGUUCCCAAGAAGAAGGGUACAGUGAGUAUUGCCAGUCGGGUCAAGGCCGUGGUUGCAGAGUUUUGCGCCAUGGAUCCCAGCGAGAUUCACGAUGACGGCCAUAUGGCUGAUGCCGGGGUUGAUUCGCUCAUGGCGAUGGAGCUGGCUCGCGAGAUGGAAGAGGCGUUUGGAUGUACGCUUCCUGCGACAGAUCUGAUGGAAGCCGAAACCUUCCGAGAUAUGGUCAAGUGUGUACAAACGGCGUUGGGGGUUGAAGAUGAUGAUAGCAGCAGCAGCACGACAGAGGAAGAAGACCACUCGGAAAAGGUAAUUGACACGCCGCCGCCGUCAGAGUCCGCAGCCACUAGUGUCUCAGAUGUCCCGGAGCUGUGUCUGUCUCAAGACCCAGUGCUGGAAGCGUUUGGACAGGUCAAGGCGCUGACCGACCAGUUCCUAGCCGAUAAUCAGUGCAGCGGACGGGUUCAUGCCUUCGCUCCGCUGCAGAUUCAGCUUUGCGUGACAUUGACACUCGAGGCAUUCGAGGAGUUGGGCGAUGCCAUUCGCAAGGCUCAGCCUAGUCAGCGAUUGAAGAGAAUCUCCUUCGAUCCUCAGCAUCAGGAGCUCGUCGACUAUCUCUACAAGAGGCUUGAGGAAGCUCGUCUGAUUGACCUAGACGGGACCACCGUCAUUCGUACUGCAAUCGCAGCUCCGAUGCGCUCCAGCACUGCUAUCCUCGAAGAGGUAUCUCGCGAGUACCCCGAAUAUGCCGGCGCCAGCAAGCUCUCCUUCUUCACUGGCAGCCAUCUCGCUAGCGUUCUCCGUGGUGAGCAAGACGGCCUUCAGCUAAUCUUCGGCACCAAGGAAGGUCAAGAACUUGUCUCGUGGAUGUACGGUGACGAGCCCCACAACGUCUCCGGAUACAAGCAAAUGCUUGAAUUUAUCAAGCGCCUAGUGGGUUCAAUCGAUACCACACGGAGCCCUCUAAAGAUCCUUGAGAUGGGCGCCGGAACAGGUGGAGGGACAAAAUGGUUUCUCCCCGGCCUAGCUAAGCUCAACAUCCCCGUUGAAUACACCUUCACCGAUAUAUCAGCCGGGUUUGUCGCGCAGGCUCGUCGCCGAUUCAAAAACUACCCGUUUGUGCAGUAUCGCGUGCACGAUAUCGAGAAGCCCCCGGCCGACGACCUCCUUCGCACCCAACAUAUCAUCAUCGCGAGUAACGCCGUGCACGCGACGUCGAAUCUGCAGCAGUCAACACGUCAUAUGCGCCAGGCUCUUCGAGAUGACGGCGUGCUCAUGAUGCUGGAGAUGACCAGACCCGUGUUUGCCAUUGAUAUCGUUUUCGGUCUGUUCCGGGGGUGGUGGGUUUUUAAUGAUGGACGACAGCAUGCGAUCACGAAUGAGUCCCGCUGGGAAACAGACCUGCAUGCAGUCGGGUAUGGACAUGUGGAUUGGACUGAUGGAUACUCGCCCGAGGUUAGUGUGCAGAGAGUCAUUUUUGCAACGGCUUCCGGGGGACAGCGCGACCGGUUGCCGUUGGGGAAGAAUCUAACUUCGCCCAUGGUGGCUGUUGAUAAUGCCGCUCGAAGCAAGGCGACCGGGGAGUAUAUUCAACGCGCUGCUGAGAGAUUUGAGGCCCCCACAAGACCUGUGGCUGCCAUCUCCGACGAUCGUGUCAGUGUCUUGGUCACCGGUGCUACUGGAAGUUUGGGAUGUCAUGUUGUGGCGCGAUUAGUUCGAGAUCCUGGCGUUGCAACGGUUGUGUGCCUGAAUCGUCGGUCGAAAGAAGACGCUUUUGACCGUCAGAUGCAGUCUUUCGUGGACAAAGAGAUUGAUCUCACUCCGCAAGAACUAUCCAAACUCGAGGUCAUCGAAUCGAACACCUCAGAGCUCAACCUCGGGCUUACCACCGAUCAGCUCUCCAAUCUGACGCGGACAGUAACCCACAUAAUACACAACGCCUGGCCCAUGAACGGAAUAUCCAGACUUUCUGCUUUCGAGCCGCAGUUCAAAGUGAUGCGUAAUCUGAUCGAUCUGGCCCGCGAUGCUGCCAGCUUUCGCACGAAGCCCAUACGAUUUCAACUAAUCUCCUCCAUCGGCACUGUUGGUCAUCGUCCCUUGCUGUCCGGCCAACCCAUCGUCACUGAAGAAUCAGCCAAGAUUGAAUGGGUUCUUCCCAAUGGUUACGGUGAAGCCAAGUACAUCUGUGAGCGGAUCCUCGACGAGACCCUCCACCAGCACCCAGACCGCUUCGAAGCGAUGGUGAUUCGCCCGGGACAAAUCGCCGGAUCCAGUGUCUCUGGGUACUGGAAUUCUGGCGAGCAUCUACCCGCCAUCAUCAAGUCCGCGCAGACUUUAAAACUUCUUCCCGACUUCAGGGGCGUGGUCUCAUGGGCCUCGGUUGAUCAUGUUGCGGGGACUGUUGUCGAUUUGCUUCUAAGCACUAAUAAGCCACACCCUGUGUACCAUAUUGACAAUCCUGUUCGGCAGCCGUGGAAAGACAUGAUAACUUUGUUAGCAGAUGAGCUAGGGGUCCCAAGGAGUAACAUCGUUCCUUUUGCUGAGUGGAUCCAACGCGUGAAGUCUUUUUCGGGCUCGUCUGAGGAUAACCCUGCUGUUCGGGGGGCGGACUGGCUAGAGGAAAAUUUUGAACGCAUGUCUUGCGGUGGGCUACUAUUGGACACCAGCAAGGCGAGAGAGCAUUCAUCCACUUUAUCGAGAGUUGGAGCUGUCAGCGAGGAGGUGACGAGGGGCCCGGGGAAAGAGCUACACCCCUUGGUCCUCCAAGAGCCUCCGUCCACAGCUAGUAAGCCCCUACCGAGAUCCUUGAACUCUCGAUCGGGGCAUAUUGAUCGCUUAGUGAAGGCUUGGAUCGUGACCACGUCUCCAGCUACGCUGAACCCUGGCAUGAUUGGGUUCCUGGAGUAA